GCAGAUAGUAGCUAGCUAGUGCAGUAAAGAUGAGGAUGGGUUCCGAGAGAUCUUCAGCGUCAGCUGCUCUCUUCCUUGCUCUCAACCUUCUCUUCUUUGCUCUAGCAAGCGGCUGCAACACCUGCAUUGGUAAUCCUGGGACGACGACCCCAAACCCAUCCCAGAACAGUAAUCCAACUCCAUCCUCCAAACGGAGCUGCCCCAGGGAUGCCCUAAAACUUGGGGUAUGUGCCAGGUUGCUGGGCGGACCCAUUGGGGCAGUGGUGGGAAACCCACCGGACACCCCUUGUUGCUCUCUGCUGCAAGGGCUUGUGGAUCUUGAAGCUGCCCUAUGCCUCUGCACUGCCAUUAAAGCUAACAUCCUUGGCAUCAACCUCAACAUCCCCAUCUCACUCAGCCUCCUAAUCAACACUUGUGGCAAGAAGCUCCCCUCUGACUUCCAAUGUUCUUAAGGCAUCUAUUUCCUUCUAACAGAGAUCUUUUGACCGGACUAAUUUUCCGGAAUAACGGGCCGUUGUGUUUGUUUGUUGUUCUGUGAUUCGCCAGUGUUCAAUAAUUCUUACAAUGGGAUUACAUAUUCUCAAUGUUACUAAUUGAUUCCUAGGUGACUAUUGGAAGCUUGUAUUACCA